GCUCUAUCACCCGUCUCCUGCUGGCCCCUAUUAUUCUGGUCUUGCACAACUGUUUCUUUCUUAUUAUCUGUUCUUCUCCGCAGCAAAUAUACCAUUAUGGCCUUCGCUGGCCAAACUCCCACCAUCGUUGUCCUCAGAGAGGGCACCGAUGCUUCGCAAGGAAAGGGCCAGAUCCUCUCUAAUAUCAAUGCCUGCGUGGCCGUUCAGUCCACAGUGAAGAGCACUCUCGGACCAUAUGGAGGUGACUUGUUACUUGUUGAUAGCAACGGCAAGCAGACAAUCACAAACGAUGGCGCUACAGUCAUGAAGCUGCUAGAUAUCGUGCACCCGGCCGCCAGAAUUCUUACCGAUAUUGCUCGCUCUCAAGAUGCCGAAGUUGGAGAUGGAACAACAUCAGUCGUGGUCCUCGCGGGUGAGAUUCUUAAGGAGGUUCGGGAGUUGGUUGAACAGGGUGUGAGCGCGCAAACUAUUGUCAAGGGUCUACGAACCUCGAGUGCGAUGGCCGUCAAUAAAGUAAAGGAAAUUGCCGUGGACAUGAUUGACGCUGCUGGAAGCGAGGAGAAGAAGAUUGAGACUCUGCGGCGGCUGGCUGCAACCGCCAUGAACAGCAAACUGAUCAAGCGGAACUCGGACUUUUUCACGAAAAUGGUUGUGGAUGCGGUUCUCUCGCUCGACCAAGACGAUCUGAAUGAGAAGUUGAUUGGGGUUAAAAAGGUCACUGGCGGUGGUCUGCAGGACUCUCUCUUCGUCAAUGGAGUGGCAUUCAAAAAGACAUUCUCCUACGCCGGUUUCGAACAACAGCCCAAGUCCUUUAAGAACCCGAAGAUCGUGUGUUUGAAUGUGGAGUUGGAACUGAAGAGUGAAAAGGACAACGCCGAGGUUCGAGUAGAGCAAGUGUCCGAGUACCAGGCCAUCGUCGAUGCGGAGUGGCAGAUCAUCUACAACAAGCUCGAGGCUAUCUACAAAUCAGGGGCCAAGGUCGUUCUCAGCAAACUGCCUAUUGGUGACUUGGCUACACAAUACUUUGCGGACCGCGACGUCUUCUGUGCUGGUCGUGUUGCGUCAGAUGAUAUGGACCGUGUGUGCCAGGCGACUGGUGCUGCCGUUCAGUCCACAUGCAGCGAUAUCCAGGACCGCCACCUGGGUACCUGCGGCUCGUUUGAGGAGCGCCAGAUUGGUGGGGAGCGGUACAACCUGUUUUCCGAGUGCCCCAAGGCGAAGACGUGCACCCUUGUGCUGCGCGGUGGAGCAGAGCAGUUCAUUGCUGAAGUUGAACGAAGUCUGCACGACGCCAUCAUGAUUGUUAAGCGUGCACUGCGCAACACAACCAUCGUUGCGGGUGGUGGUGCCACAGAACUGGAGCUGUCUGGCUACCUCCAUCGGUAUGCCGACCGAAACGUGCCCUACAAGCAGCAGGCCGUUGUGAAGGCGUUUGCCAAGGCUCUGGAGGUUAUUCCCCGACAGCUGUGCGACAAUGCAGGCUUUGACGCUACGGACAUCCUGAACCGUCUCCGGGUGGAACAUCACAAGGGCAACACGUGGGCUGGUGUGGACUUUGACCACGAAGGCGUCCGGGACAACAUGGCCGCUUUUGUCUGGGAACCUAGCCUGGUCAAGGUCAACGCCAUCCAAGCGGCCGUCGAGGCCGCUUGUCUGAUUCUGAGCGUUGACGAGACUAUCAAGAACCAAGAAUCUGCUGCGCCUCAGGCACCUUCGCGCGGCCUGCCCCCAGGUGCUGCACAGCGGGCUCUGGGUGGAGGCCGUGGCCGUGGUAUGCCCAGACGGUAGAUUUAACGACAGUGUCUCAUGGCGGAGUAACUGGACAAAAGUCCGAAAAAGAGAUGGAAACCUCCGGUCACUGUUAGAAUUAGCAUAUCACUGCAUAUCACCAAUCUCACGGUUUAAUACUCGGUAU